CCGCGACCGGCCGCGCACCUUUCGCCGCACGCCGUUAACACUGAUAAAAAAAAAAUACAUUUUGAAUUUCGAACGAAACAAGACAAGCUCUCCCUUUAAAAUAUUCGUACAGCGAAUUUUGGAAGCGCAUUUUAUUUCGUUUAUUUCUUAGUAAAAAUAAUUAUAUUUUGUGUUUGUGAAAAUGGUUCGUAAAAUCAGUGGACUCCUGUGUUGCCUCUGCGUUUUCGGCAUCUCAUUUAGUGACAGCGCCAUAUCAGCUGAUUCUGAGUCACGAUGCCGCAACCCUCCGACAGCGCCACAGAAGAUAGAGCGGGUUAUAACUCUGUGUCAGGAUGAAAUCAAACUGUCCAUACUCAGAGAAGCGUUGGACGUCAUCAAAGAAGAGCACACAAUGCCAGCGCAGAGACGGCGAGACAAGAGAGAGGUGCCCUUCACACACGAUGAGAAGAGAAUCGCUGGGUGUCUACUGCAGUGUGUGUACCGGAAAGUGAAAGCUGUGGACGGCUACGGUUUCCCGACUUUGGAAGGUCUAGUGGGACUGUACUCGGAUGGUGUGAAUGAACGCGGCUAUUUCAUGGCGGUCCUGGAAGCCUCACGGGAAUGUCUCAUGAAGAACCACGACAAGUUCUCCAGGACUGUUCCUAUGGACAAUGGCCGUAACUGCGAUGUCUCCUUCGACAUAUUCGAGUGUAUUUCUGACCGCAUCGGCGAGUACUGUGGAACCUCCGGCCUCUAACUGUACCUAUAACACUCAAUAAAUAUCGUCCUAAUUAAACUGUCGAUGUAGGUUUAGCUAAUUAAUUAACAGUUGCAAUAAUAAUUUUUAAUGUCUUCCUUUUUGUAAAUUGUACAUUGGUUUCAUGUCUUUUGGACUUGGCGUUGCACUGCCAACUUUAUGUUUUUCUUUUAUUAUCUUCCCUUCUUGUUUAUCUUUGCAAUUUCUUAAAACUUUUUCCUUUAUUUUC